AUGCUGCCCUGGAGACGUAAUAAAUUCGUGCUGGUGGAGGACGAGGCCAAGUGCAAGGCGAAAAGCCUGAACCCAGGGCUCGCCUACACGUCGCUGCUCUCCAGCUUCCUGCGCUCCUGCCCGGACUUGCUGCCCGACUGGCCGCUGGAGCGCCUGGGCCGCGUGUUCCGCAGCCGGCGCCAGAAAGUGGAGCUCAACAAGGAGGACCCGACCUACACAGUGUGGUACCUGGGCAACGCCGUCACCCUGUACGCCAAGGGUGAUGGCUGCACCGACGACGCCGUGGGCAAGAUCUGGGCGCGCUGCGGGCCGGGUGGGGGCACCAAGAUGAAGCUGACACUCGGGCCGCACGGAAUCCGCAUGCAGCCGUGCGAUCGCGGCGCCGCAGGGGGCUCGGGGGGCCGCAGACCCGCGCACGCCUACCUGCUGCCGCGCAUCACCUACUGCGCGGCGGACGGGCGCCACCCGCGCGUCUUUGCCUGGGUCUACCGCCACCAGGCGCGCCACAAGGCCGUGGUGCUGCGCUGCCACGCCGUGCUGCUGGCGCGAGCGCACAAGGCGCGCGCCCUGGCCCGCCUGCUCCGCCAGACCGCGCUGGCGGCCUUCAGCGACUUCAAGAGGCUGCAGCGCCAGAACGACGCGCGCCACGUGCGCCAGCAGCAUCUCCGCGCCGGGGGCGCCGCAGCCUCGGUGCCGCGCGCCCCGCUGCGCCGCCUGCUCAAUGCCAAGUGCGCCUACCGGCCGCCGCCGACCGAGCGUGGCCGCGGGGCGCCGCGCCUCAGCAGCAUCCAGGAGGAGGACGAAGAGGAGGAGGAGGAGGAGGAGGACGCGGAAGAGCGCCAAGGAGGAGCCUCCCAGCGCGAGCGGCCAGAGGUGCUCAGCCUGGCCCGGGAGCUGAGGACGUGCAGCCUGCGGGGCGCCCCGGCCCCUCCGCCGCCCGUGCAGCCCCGCCGCUGGAAGGCGAGCCCCAGAGAGCGGGCGGGCCAGGCGCGCUGAGCCCCGAUGGACGAUGGACGAGGACUUGCGGCCCCAGACCCGGCCCUCCAGACUUACAGCCUCCGACCCGGCCCGGCCCGCUUCGGUCUCCCGGUCUCCCAUUCUGCCUCCCUUGUGGUCUCUGUUGUUGUCGCCUCGCCCCUCAUCCUGGCUCAGGAUGACGCCUGAAAUGCCCUUGGUUAUUGGGGGAUGUUCACCCCUCCCCACGUCCGGAGUUUUCCCGGCCCUCCACUGUGGAACUGCUCCCCGUGCUUUACGCCAUGUCUUCUUGCCCACACUCCUCCCUGCUCCCUCCCAAGCAUCCUCUAGAAGAAGGGAAGAAGUUUCCAGAAACAAAAAGGGGGGACUGGACCUUGGCCAGAGUGGAGGCAGUGACUCUGCCCCCUUGUCAUAAGCACUAUCCUGGAGGGCAUUCUUGCAGGGAACGGAUGAGUGGCUCGGGAGGGCUGAGGCCAGGCCCGUCAUGGACACUGGGUCUGAGUCUUUACCCACUGGGAUGAAUUCUGCACUUUCUAUCAGGCCUUUCUGUCUCUUGGAGGACCCCGGGACUUCACUGCUCCACCUCUGGAGAAGACUGGGAUGGUCCUACCUACCUACUAGUGUCAAAGGACAGGCUGGGCAGGGUAACCAGGCAGCUGCCCAAGCUGCUGGCAUUCCCUCAAGAUUCCUCACUUAC